CAAACCGCUCAGCUGCACCGGGUCACCGUCCUCCGCCGCCCGCUGCCUCGCCGCGUCUUUCCCCCGAGCUGCGGUCCAGGAGCAGGAAGAGAUCCGCCAUGUCCGGUGUGCGGAGCGGGGGUCCGGGGGGUCCGGGGGGUCCGGGUCCGCUCCUCAGGCUGACCCCCGCGUGGACGCUGCUGCUCGCGCUGCUCGCGCUCACCUGCUGCGCCAGGUGUGACAACAAACCCAGCAACAUCAUCCUCAUCGUGGCCGACGACCAGGACCAGACACUGGGGGGGAUGACGCCAAUGAAGAAAACCAAAGCUCUGAUCGGAGACUUAGGAGCAACGUUUGUCAACUCUUUCACCGUCACGCCGCUGUGCUGCCCCAGCAGGAGCAGCAUCUUGACCGGCCAGUACCCCCACAACCACGAGGUGAGGAACAACUCCCUGAGCGGGAACUGCUCCAGCAGCCUGUGGCAGAAGGGACCCGAGACCGCCGCCUUCCCCGUCUACCUCAACAAGCUCAAGUACCAGACCUUCUUCGCCGGGAAAUACCUCAACCAGUACGGGAAGAAGGAGGUGGGAGACGUGGGCCAUGUCCCCCCGGGCUGGGACCAGUGGCACGCUCUGGUGGGAAACUCGCAGUACUACAACUACAGCCUGUCGGUCAACGGCAAGGAGGAGAAGCACGGCGACCGCUACGAGGACGACUACCUGACGGACCUGAUCCUGAAUCGCUCCCUCGUCUUCCUGGACAACCGCAGCCCCCAGCAUCCCUUCUUCCUCAUGCUGUCUCCGCCGGCGCCUCACUCGCCGUGGACGGCGGCGCCGCAGUACCAGAAGCAGUUCGACGACGUCAAGGCGCCGCGGGACGGCAGCUUCAACAAGGCGGGGAAGGACAAACACUGGCUGCUCCGCCAGCCCGUCAGCCCCAUGCCCAACAGCUCCGUCAGCUUCCUGGACGACGCCUACCGGAGGAGGUGGCAGACUCUGCUGUCCGUGGACGACAUGGUGGAGGCGCUGGUCAAGAAGCUGGACGCCAUCAAGGAGCUCAACAACACCUACGUCUUCUACACGUCGGACAACGGCUACCACACCGGUCAGUUCUCGCUGCCCAUCGAUAAGCGGCAGCUGUACGAGUUCGACAUCCGGACGCCGCUCCUGGUCCGCGGGCCGGGAAUCAAGGCCAACCAGACGCUGCAGGCGCCGGUCCUGAACAUCGACCUGGCUCCGACCUUCCUGGACAUCGCCGGGACCAACCUGUCGGCCCUGAACCUGGACGGCCAGUCCUUCCUCUCUCAGAUGGCGCCGUCUCUGCGUAACGGCACGGCGCGGCCGUUCUUCCUCAUCGAGUACACCGGAGAGGGACACCCGACCCCGGACCCGUCCUGCCCCAAGCUGGGCCCCGGGCUGUCGCAAUGCUUCCCGGACUGCGUGUGUGAGGACGCCUUCAACAACACGUACGCCUGCGUGCGCACGCUGGACGCCACGCACAACCUGCAGUACUGCGAGUUCGCCGACAGCGAGUCCUUCGUGGAGGUGUACGACCUGGCGGCCGACCCCCACCAGCUGGAGAACAUCGUGAAGAAGGUGGACCCGGCCGUGCUGCAGGCCAUGAACCAGCGGCUCAUCAAGCUCCAGUCCUGCGAGGGCGAAGGCUGCCGCCACGUCGACUGAGGCCAACGCCGGGGGGGGGGCUGCUUCAGUUCACACACACACGCAUACACACAUACACACACACACCUCCACUCAAACCGUCUUUUUCCUUCCUCAAGAGGGCGUCGCUGUGUCCGUGACUCGUUAGUGUUCCAGUAUUUUCCACUCUCUCAGUUCCUCAUGAAAGCGAAAAAGAUGGAGGAUCUUUGGACGCGACGACUUUUCCUAAAGUCACACGCGAGACUGAAACGUUCAGAUUGUCUCCAGAUAUGUGGAGCAGAAAAGAGCGCAGUGCUGCAGGAACUCAUUUAAUGGUUUUAAUCAAUGAGAAGCUCUCGAUAUCGUUGCGUUUUGACGAGCAGAGAUUCGACACCAGGCGCUGUGAUUGGUCGGCGCUUUGCAUCGUUUCCAUAUGAGCUAAAAAUAGGAUUUUUCUUUUUUUAGGGCCGUUCUAAAGUCUGUUUGGACCGCGAUCGGCCCUCGGGCCAUACUUUGAACACACUUGCCAAAACAUUAGAGUGAGGACAGACGCCGGUGGACACGCCCACUUCCACCGAGGACCGGGGAACGCCACCGAUGGGGUCCCGGACCACAGCUUGGAAACCGCUUUUGUAAUGUUUUUUUUUUUUUUUUUUUAAUCUGAAGACGUCCGCUCAUCUCGGGGAAAUUAACACACCAGACGUAACACGUUUGUUUACAUUGUCCAGACAGUUUGUUACCAACGUUAAGCGAGCGUUUCUUCAAAUAUUAAAGUUUGUUUUUUUAACCUUUGACGUCCCUGAAAUACUGCGUUUAUGAGAUUUGGACUUUUUUCCCAUGCUCCUUUGCAUUAAGAUGAUAAAAAUCAGAGUAAACAUUCAUGCGACGACGUUCUGAAUCCUCACACUGUGAUUAUUGGGUCUUUUCACACUUUAAACUUUAGAAAAUUUUUCUACUUUUCCCUGUUGAAGCAGGUCGAGUGAGCGGCGCUCGUCGACUGAGCCUCGUUUUCCCGCUGUGACGUGUUUCUGCCUAAACUGCACUAUGAGGCCCGUUUGCACGGAAACGGAAAGCUGUCUGUUCGCUUUUCUGUGUUCGUCUGCAGAAAAUGCAUUGAACUUGUGUUUCGGCGUUUCUGCCGUUUGCCUGUAAACACGUUUUCAAAGCCUCGACGAACCUGAAUCCGCCGCAGAAACACAAAAUUUUGACUCUCUGUCCGCAUUUGACGCACAACCCAAGCUUGUCUCUUACACUGGGGCCGUCAGAAACAAAUAGCACGUGAUUUCUUGCUGAGCGUCUGAUUAAAAACGUCAAUAUUGUGCUUAUAUCUGGCAUUUAUACAGACGAGCCACUGCGUCACUCGGCUUAAAAUAUCACAUUUAACAUCAUUUAUCUCAUUUGACGCCACUUUUGCUGUAUUUCCGUAAAGCUAAUGUUAGCAUCUGGAUCAGUUAGCUUAGCAUAAAACAUUAUUUCUGCAAAUAUUCUGCGCAUUUUUUUCCAGUUUUUCAUCCUUGUUUGACAUCAGUUAUGUUGCUUUGACAUAAAGCUCAGAACUGGUUGGUAAAUUUUCCCAAAUUAAAACUAAAAUCUGCUACAUUAAGCUAAAUAUAUAUAUAUAUAUAUAUAUAUAUAUAUAUAUAUAUAUAAGAUUAUCUUAAAUAUAUUAGAUCAACACAUGCUUUAGCAUUUAGCUUAACAUACAUGUGACCUCAAAUCUCACCAAACUGCUCACUUGGCUUCCCGUUUCUGUCUCAACUGUAAAAUUUGAGUCUGUUGAAAUGUGGAGCUGUGAGUGAGUCCGCCUUUUUAACUCGUCGUCAACGGCAGGAUUUCCGGUUUUCCCCUCAGACCAGCUCGAAGCCUCAUUUCCCCUCCAGGCUUGGUAAAGGUCCUCCAGUCUUUCUGGAGCCGGACAUGUUGAUUUCUCUGUCUUGCGGUUGUUUUUUUUAGUUUUGUUUCUUGAGGGAACUUGUUUUUGCACAGUUUUAAAGAUGGACGCUUUAAUCCUGCCUCAAGCUGAGUGCCUUUUGAAAAUGUGAAUGAAUUUUGCACUGUGAUGAAAGUGAUUGGAAAUAAAUCAUGAGGAGCAUUUGAACACU